CUGCUUGUUUAGCGUGUGUUGUUGAUAUGAAUGGUCACAUUGUUAAAUUAAACGCUGCUCACCGAAAACAACUAAAUAAGAGCGCUGAAGGUGUAUGUCGAUAUGUUAACUGUUACUUUAAACGAAAGGAUAACGUGUUAUUUUUUGCUUAGGACAUGAGUAUUUAAUAUGCGUUUAAAACCCUCCAUACACGGACAUAUGGAGGUACAUACAUGACAUAUUCAUAUUUUAGUCCAUAUCGUGGUUAUUGAAUGUUGUCUAACUGGCAGUGAAGAGAAUUGAUCAGGAUGAACUCCAGCACAGAUGGUCUGAUCUCUGCAUGCAGCUCAUGGCUGUGCCCAUCACACAAGCAGCUCUCUGACAUUCUCACUACAACACAAGAGAUCACAAACAGUGAUCACUGCAGGCUUGAUGAUGCUUUUUACAGGUGUGAACCCGUCUGUCUGGAGAGAGCUGAAGCGGACUCGCCUUGCGUCAUUACACUAUUGUGUCCACCCAACUCUGCAUAUUUGAUCAGCAGUAUUCAUGUUGUGAGUGAAGGCCGCACCAUUGAAGUGUACUCAGGGUCAGGAGAAUACUGUGGCACCUGUCGUGGAGAGGAGGUUCAAAGAUCCGACAAUAAUGGUCCUCAGGAAAGAAGUCCUUUUUACAGCACUGUUUUGGAGUUAGAGAGCCCCACUGCGUCAUGUGAGGUGAAGCUUCUGUCUUUUGGUGGGCGUUCAUCUGUGGCUAUCGCCCAUGUGGGUGUGGGACUAGAGACACUUAAAGAAAGGCAGGGUGGCCCAACCCUGGACCCAGGCAUUGACCUUCAGCGAGUACAGGCUAUGAUGGAAGAAAUGGGUACCGCCCUUUCACCAGGGGCUCAAAACCUGAUGGAGCUUGUACAGAGCCAGCAGAAGAAUAAAUCAGACAUGCUGAGUGGAUUCAUUCCUCUUCUCAUGGGAGGAGGAGCUUUGAGCUGUCUGUCAAGAGGAGUUGGUGCCUCCAGUGCUUCUGUGGAGGGCCGACAUCCACCGACCGGUCCUGAGCAGCUUCUGUCCAACAGCAGUGAGAAUCAGAUCCCAAGUGCCAUGUCUGGCCCCAUCAACCCAGAGCUGCUGCCAAUGCUACAGAGCGUCUGCGGCCAGGUCACGCAGCUCCGCCUGGAGGAAGCCACAUCUCCUGAAAGGAAGAAGAAUGGGGGACGGGAGAGUCACAUGUGCUGCGGAGGAUUUGAGAAGAUGCUGGAGUCGGUUGUAGAGAAGAGGAUGGAGGAGAUGGAGAAAAGGUUAAAAGAGCAUCUGGACGUGCGCCUUGAUGCUCUUCAGCAGAGACUUGAGGUCACUCUUCAGCAGGCACUUUCACACAUGCCGCAGCACCAAUGAACAAAACUUCACAGAUGAUUAACCUAAACAUUUAAAAGGGAAAAACUAAAUGGCUGAGCUUUUGCUUCUAAAUGUCUUUUUCUGUAAAAGAAAAUGUAACAAGAAUUCACCAGAAGUCCUUUAUGACAGAUUUCUAACGUUUAUGUAACGUUUUACAUUUAUGUAACUGUUGUUGGCCAAGAAGGAGUUGUGGUUUGAAGGGCAAUCACUGACCUAUGAGUCUUUCCCAUGAGACUUGUAUUACUGGGCUGUUCAGUUUGUUCUUUAGUACAAAGACUGUAGCAGCAACUACAAAAAGAACAGUUAGUAAUGUGUUUUACUGUUGAUACUAUUUGUAAUGUUGUAUUUUAAUUCAAUUAUUUUAAUGCUGCUACAAUAACUAUUUUUCUACUAUUCUGACAAUUAUAAAGUACUCAUUCUCACAGUUUGGUACAAAUGGUUACCACAGUUAAUAUAGAAUCUGGACAAAUACAGUAGUUGCACUGGUUGUUUAUUGGACAGCAGAGGUCUUUCGUGCAAUGAAAAGGGUUCAGUAUUAACUGUAAUUGUGAACUGCCUUUGUGAAUACAUGUUUACACUGACUGUACUGGAAAACUAAGGACAAUAAAAAAAAAUACUAUUUAUACUAAAA